AAGAGACCACACAUUGUUACCUACGAGACCCCGGAUGCCAGCGAUGGGAUUUAUAGGCUGUGAUUGGGCUACUGGAUGCUAGAAAGGGUGGGGGUUGGUAGGAGGCAAAGAAAAAGCUGGCCUCCUGCAACUAUGGCAACCCCAGCGUUUGAGACUUGAAGAAGGAAACCAGAGGAAAGAGGUACAGCUUUUUUAAUGGAUGAAUAUCCAGUUAUUUCAUGAUGGCCUUUGCACCACCCAGAAACAUUGAAGGUCUCAAAAUGCAGACCAAGAUGAGUUCCUGGACACCUCUAAACCAGCAGCUUUUGAACGAUCAGGUAUUUGAAGAAAGAAGAGCUCUGCUUGGAAAAUGGUUUGACAAAUGGACCGACGCUCAAAGGAGAAGAAUUCUAACAGGCCUGCUGGAACGCUGCUCCCUGUCCCAGCAGAAGUUCUGCUGUCGGCAGCUCCAGGAAAAAAUUCCAGCAGAGGCCUUGGAUUUCACUACCAAGCUGCCGAGGGUGUUGUCUUUAUACAUCUUUUCUUUCCUGGACCCCCGGAGCCUUUGUCGUUGUGCACAGGUGAGCUGGCAUUGGAAGAAUUUAACAGAACUGGAUCAGCUGUGGAUGCUCAAGUGCUUACGGUUUAACUGGUGCAUCAGUUUCUCCCCCACCCCCUUCGAGCAGGGCAUAUGGAAGAAGCACUACAUUCAAAAGGUGAAAGAACUUCAUGUUACCAAGCCUAAGACUCCUCCAAAAGAUGGCUUUGUAAUUGCCGAUGUCCGGCCGGUGGCCAGAACUUCUCCAGAGGAAAGGCACUCUCCUUUCUCAGCUUUCAGAGCGUCUUCUCUGAGGAAAAAGAGCAGCCCAGGAGAGAAAGAGCUCCCUCCUUGGCGGUCCUCCGACAAGCAUCCUACAGAUAUUAUUCGUUUCAAUUACUUAGACAACUGUGACCCCAUCGAACCAGGCUGGCAGGGGUAA